UUUUUUUUUCUUUUUAUAUUAUUUGUGUUUGUUUGCUUUCCUCUAUUCAUUCCUUUUCUAAUUUGUUCUCUUUGAUAAUUUGUCCAAACUCCAAACAUACAAUUUUUUUCCCUUUUUUCUUCUCUUGCAAUAGCACACAGUACAAUAAUAUAAUAAUAUGUAUCACAGUCACCAGUAUCCUCUUCCUUGUUUGUAUUGCCACCCACACAGCUAUAUCAGGAUGGUUCAGAAUCUUAUAGAGAGAUGCUUGCUAUUUCAUAUGAGUCAAGAUCAGUGCAUAAAGGCACUAGCUGAACAUGCAGGAAUCAAGCCACUUGUUACACUUACAGUGUGGAAAGAACUGCAAAAGGAGAAUAAGGAAUUCUUUAGGGACUAUUUUCAAGUUACUACUCCCACCAGAAGGCCAUUCUUCGGCAGAUAUUGUAAAAGGGGACCAAGUUCAGCAAGAAGGAAAAAUUGGAAAUAAUAAUGUAUAAUUAAUAAUCACCGGAUAAUUAUAAUUAAUCCAAAAAGGGAAUGAAGGAAUAGUGAUUUAUAUAUAGCUGAUGAUGAUGAAUGGUAAAAAUUAAUUAGUUAAUGAUGGUUUGAUUAUGUGCACUAUUGCUGCUUAAGUAAACAGCUAUAUAUAUAGUUAGUAUCCAAUUG